AUGACAGUUGAAAAUAUUGUUUCACAGGAUAAACGCCACGCUGGCUUAAAGAAGUGCUACGAACUGCACCUUGUUCCUUGCAAAAUCGGCGUUACAGGCCCUACGAAACAGCUUGAGGAGCACUUUCAAGUAGAUGCCGAGGAAUCACAUGAAGAGGAACUUAAAGUAGUAACCUAUAUCAGAGGCCGCAAAAUUAUUGGUAAACCUGUUCCCUUGCUCGAUGACCACGAGCUCGUUGCGCUUGAACCACAAACAUCUUUAAACGGAGAGAGGGAGCUCAAGGUGCUCGCUAAAGUGUCAAAUAUAUACAAUUACGAGCGUGAGGGGAACGAAAAAAGGCUGCAGGAAGAAAUGCUAAAGUUCGAAGAGUUCCUUCAGUUGGCUGAAUUGAUUCAUGGGCCUUAA